UCUUCUCUUUCUUUCCCUCCUCAUCUCUCUCUCUCUCUCUCUUUUCUUUGUCAACUUCUGAUUCUUUCUCUCUCUCCUCAUUGCUCUUCAUCAUCUACAGAAAGCAAACCAAAGAGAGGAAGGAAGAAGCAAAGAAAGAGAUGUGUCCCUUAAGGCUGAUCCUAAUAUUCUUGUCAGCGACUCUUGCUGGGUUCUUUGUCCUCAAGAAGCUCAACAAUUCCUACGACGAUCCUCUCGCCGACCCUCUCACGGAAGCUGAUCAUGUAGAAGACUCUGACUCUGACUCUAGAUUCUCAAAGGUGGGAAUGGCAAUCAAGUCUGGAUUUUGGACAUGCGUUGACAUGGCAAGUGGCCGUUAUCUCUGGAACCAUCUCUGUUCCAAUUCCGACAGCUCUUCUUGAGUUUUUUUUUUACUCUCUCUCCAUUGUCUGUAACUGUCUAAAUUUUGCAAUUGACAACACCCUAAAUCGCUUAUUGUCUAUGUACUAUAAUAUUACAGAUCUCGUUUUCACCACUAAAUGUCAAUAAAGUCUGAGUUUUUUUCUUACUUUCUACCUCUUUUUAUAGCUAAAGUAAGUGUUUUUGGACAACACUUGAUACUUCGUCCAUGUCUGGAAACGACUUUUAAUUUUAU